AUGAGCAUUUCGCCUACUGCCAGGGUCGCCAUCCAGAUGCUGAACGCGAGCCAGGACGGACGCAUCAACAUCACGCAGCUGUAUACUGAGAAGGUUGCACUCGAGGACAAGCUCAAGAAGUCGGAAGCAGAGGUUGCUUGUCUGCGCGAGAGCAUGGAGCAGAUACUGAGCGAGAUCGAGGAGCGUGGCCCGAUUAUCGCCGCAGAGCGCGAAGAGUAUCAUAGGCUGCUCGAGGAGGCAGACAAGCUGUCGUGCGAUCUCACAGAAUCGCGGCAGGAGAAUGACAAGAACGUGGCUACGCUGAAAAAGACUCGCAAGGAGCGCGAUUUGCUGCGCCAGCAGCUUUCAGCUGAGGAGCAGCAGACCAGAGACCUGUCGCGGCAGGUGGCCAAUCUGCUGCGCAAGGCGGAGGAGGCGCGCUCCGGUGGCCGCACGGUGCCUGAGGCGCGUGAUAACGGCGGUCGGCCGAGCGCAUCGCAGGUUACACCUGAUGAGGAGGAACAGUGGCUGGAUGAUGUCGACAAGGUUAUUUCGCAGGGGCUGGUGACAUUCAACAACAUCACCGAGAUUGUUGAGCAGAACCGGCGUCUUUUGCGAACCACCCGCGAACUAGCGAGCCACGUUGCUCAGGAAGAGGAGCGCCAGCGCGAGGCAAACGAGGGCGAGGUCAAGGAGGCUCUGGAUCAGGCCGAGGUGAUGCUCGAUCGGUUAACCAAAGAGCUGCAUACCACCAAGACCCGGCUGAGUGUAGUCGAGCGCGAGCGCGAUAUGCUCAAGUCAAUC